AUGUCUGGCUACAGCGAGUCCUGCAGACCCUGUGGGGUGACGUGCCCUCGGCCGAUUGCCGAGAGCUACAAUGAGCCAUGUGUGCAGCAAUGCCCCGACUCCAGAGCAGUCAUCUUCCCCCCGCCGGCUGUGGUGACCUUGCCGGGCCCCAUACUCAGCUCUUUUCCCCAGGAGAGCAUUGUGGGAUCAUCAGGCCCAGCCUGGCUAGGGAGUUCCUUUGGUUCCCCAAGCUCUGUGGGCUCCCUGGGCUUGGGUGGCUCUGGGGGCUCCUUGAGCUAUGGGAGGUGGCGGAGUUACGGGGGCUCCUUUGGUUUGGGAGGCUAUGGGGGCUCCCUGGGUUUGGGGGGCUCCUCUGGCUAUGGGGGCUUGCGGGGCUAUGGGAACCCCUUUGGCUUGGGAGGCUCUGGGGGCUCCCUUGGGUACGGCCGUUCCCUGGGCUAUGGAGAUGAUGUGGGCUAUGGGGGCCAACAUGGGUCCAGCAGCUUUGGCAGUUGUGGGAGGUCCUACAGCUCCGGCUUCUCCUCCUGUGGCACGGGGUAUUACCUGCCUGGGUCCCAGAGGUGGGGCAGGUCCCGCCGUGGGAGCUGCGGGGCUUUCUAAAGCCUUCAGGAUGGUGCCCAGAGCCUGCAGCAGCCCUGAAACAUGGA